AUGGCCUCAUCCACCCUGCUAUCCUCCACCCAGCCUCUGCUCAGCCAACAGUCGGCCAUCACCAACAACCAAGAGCAUCAGCAGGAGGGAGACGAGGAUGAUACUGACAGAACGUCCCAAGUCGAGCCUCACUCGAGCACCAGCAUCACUCUGGAUGGCCACCACCCUGGCCCCCAGGGCCUGCUUGACCCCGCUCAGCAAACUAUCUGCACCCAAUUCCUUCUCAGUCGCUUAACCCAGUUCGAAGACGCCGCUCUCAAAUGCCAGGGUCUCCCGAUCAGGUACAGGGAUCUUUCCGUCUUCAGCUCCAAGAUCGACCAUGAGAUUGUCGAAAGUCUGCCUCGGGCAAUCUGUCGCAGCCUCACCCGGCCACUGGCGUUGGCCCACAAGCUUUGGGUGAAAUCCAGCAGCAGUCUGACUAGCUGUUCCAAGUCGAAUGACCACCGGCCAUCGGGGAAUAUUCAGGCCCAGAUCCCCAUCCUGAGCAACAUCGACGGGCUCAUCAACCAGUCCGAGUUACUCUUGGUUCUUGCCCGACCCAGGGGUGGCAUGACUUCCCUCCUACGCGCCCUCUCGCUCAACCAUCAAAGCUUCUCGGCAGUGUCCGGUCACCUCGACUUUGGAUCCCUGUCCAGCGAGCGUCUCGAGUCUCUCGGCCUGAAACCGCUGAUCACGAUGAUCGAGGAGUAUGACGAACACUUGCCAUCCCUCAAAGUUCUCGACACCUUGGCUCUAGCCGCAAACUGUCGAACGCCCAAAUCUAGACCCCACCGGAUCAGUCGCGCCGACUGGGCGAAAUCCGAGCUUAUCAAUUGGUCCACCAUCUUUGGCUUCUCGUCAUCCACCCUGGGUACUUGCAUCGGCUCAGAAGCAAUACGAGGCGUCAGCGGCGGCGAACGCAGACGCGUGAGCAUCAUCGAAGGCCUGUUGACACGGGGCGCGGUGCUCUGCCUCGAUAAUGCCACCGCCGGUCUCGACUCGGCCAACUCUUACCACCUCAUCAAGUCUCUCAAAGAAUGGUGUAAGGUCGACCGGACGAGCGCGGCUAUCGGCCUAAGACAGGCAAGCGAUGGUCUCUACAGCCUCUUCGACAAGGCCGUGGGCUACUUCGAAGAGCUCGGAUUCCUGCACACCCCAAAUCAGCCGAUUGCGGACUUCCUCUGCUCAGUGACUGACCCUUCGACAGCAAAAGCCCGGCAAGGCGCUCAGAUCCCUCGGAGCCCAGCGGAGUUUGUUGCCGCCUUCAAACGUUCAAAGCAUUUUGCCAACCUAAAGCUAGAGAUGAUCAAAUAUGAUAGUCGUUACCCAUCCUCAGGUGCUGCUCAACAUCUAAUCUCGUCGGUCCCUGCCGAGAAAGAUGCUUUUGUCGGCGCAAGGUCGCCCUGGACGAGCAACUAUUUCCGACAACUCGCUUAUCUCACCUCACGCCAAUAUGCACUGAUCAGAGCCGAUCUAAGACCGUAUAUCACCAAGACAAUGAUCAACUUGCUAUUGUCGGUUGUCAUCGGAACGUUAUUCUAUCAGCUACCAAAGACAACCGAAGCGGCUUUCUCAAGAGGCUCGGUCUUGUUCCUCUCGGUCUUGUUCAAUGGAUACCUGCAGCUUUCCGAAUUGGGUAACACUCUGAUGGGCAGACAGAUCACUCAGAGACACGGCAAAUUCGGGUUUUACUCCCCCGGGGCCCUGGCGCUUGCACGGACGUUGGGCGACAUACCAUUGAUCACUGCUCAAGUGUUGAUGUUUGCUAGUAUCACUUAUGGACUUGCCGGAUUGCAAAAGGAUCCUGUUCGAUUUGGGACCUAUAUCCUCCUCGUCGACGCAACCGCAAUCAACCUGACAGCUGUAUUCAGGAUGCUUGCCGCAGUGUCAUCCUCAUUCGACGAAGCCAUGAGAUAUUGUGGAGUGGUGCUGAAUCUCUUCGUUAUCUUCGGAGGUUACUUUAUCCCAACCCCGUCGAUGGGAUCAAAGCUCAAGUGGAUCCGAUAUUAUUUGGAUCCUAUCUCCCAUGCAUUUGAUGCGGUGCUUUCGAAUGAGUUUCACGGCUUAGAGCUGCAAUGUUCUCCUCAGCACAUUAUACCGCGCGGACCAUCCUACAACGAUCCUACAUACCAAACGUGUUCAUCACUGGGAUCCAGGCCCAAUUCACUGGUUGUAUUGGGAGAUGAUUACUUAUUCAAAUCCUACGGAUUCGAGUAUCGUCAUUUGUGGUAUAAUUUAGGUAUGAUCAUCGGCUCGAGUGCAGUCAUUCUGAUGCUCAGUGUGUUCUUCACGGAAUACAUCUGCUUCACCAAGUUUGGAUCAACCAAACUGUUCGAGAAUUCCGCCUCGGUGAGGAGCAAGCUGCGAUGGAUGGAGAAGACGCUUCAGCGAGAAAGUGAAAGCACGGAAGAAGGCGUCGUAGUUGAUCGCCAAACCCUUAGCGAAAGAGUGCGACUUGCAAGUAUGGCUUCCUGCGCUGAAGAUGAAGACCCGUCAGGUUCAGCACAAUUUGAAUCGGCCGUGCUGACGUUCAGCGAGCUGAAACUGAGUGUCAAAGACCAAAGUGAAACGCGAAUUCUGUUGAAUGAAGUCACUGGUUACUUCCAACCGGGUGAAUUAACCGCACUCAUGGGAGAAUCUGGAUCAGGGAAGACUACUUUGUUAAAUGCGUUAGCCGGACGGGCCAACUAUGCUCAGAUGUCCGGAGAGCUAUUACUUGAUGGCAGGCUGCCGACCGCUGAUAGUUAUCGGUCGAUCGGAUAUGUUGAACAAACAGACUGUCACGAUCCAUAUGCGACGAUCCGAGAGGCUCUAGUUUUCUCUGCUCUCCUAAGACAACCUAGAUCGAUCCCUCGCUGGGCCAAGUUGGCGGAUGUGGACCGGAUCAUCGGAUGGCUCGGCCUGAAAGAGCUAGAGGAUGCAAUCAUCGGGACCCCCAGUGCAGGAUUGGGCUUGGAGGACCGCAAAAAGCUCAGUAUUGCUGUCGAGCUCGUGGCGCGACCAAAGAUUCUGUGCUUGGAUGAACCCGUUAGUGGGAUGGACUCUCAAUCCGCAACGCACAUCAUCCAGCUCCUCCGCAGGCUGGCCUCGCAAUCCAACCUUACUGUCGUCGUCACCGUGCACCAACCAUCGGUAGAAAUAUUCGAGAGCUUCGACCAAUUGAUCCUCUUGCAGAGGGGUGGCAAAUUGGCGUAUUUUGGCCCACGAGCUCGGGCAGUGGCUUACUUCGAAGCCCAGUCUACACGCCAAUGUUCACCUACCCAACAUCCAGCAGAAUAUUUAAUUGACUCGGUGAGAAAAUCACAUGCUAAUGAGGAUCAGCUAAAUUAUCGGGAUUGGCACUUGUCUUCUGAACAUCAAGCGACGGUAGAAAAGAUUGGGCAGCUGAAUUCGGAUGCUUUUAGUCUGGACCAAUCCAUCUUUAACAACCAAAGAGGAGGAGUGGUGUACGCGGAGAUCAAGGAACUUACUAAGCGAUUCUCGCGGCAUUUUUGGCGAGAUAGUUCGUUCGGAUUCACCCAAAUCUUCACCGCGACGGUCGUCUCGAUCCUAAUCGGAUUAAGCUUCUUCCAACAAGCUUCGUCGUCGGAUUCGGUGGGGAGCAAGAGGACGACGAGCUUGAUGGGCCUCCAAAACCAAGUUUUCAGCGUCUUCUUGAUCCUCUUCCUCCCCCCCGUCUUCAUGAACCAAUUGAUCGCCAAAUGGUUUCAGUUCAAGGCCAUCUAUGAAACCCGCGAGAAACUCUCGGGCUCUUAUCGCGAACUCAGCUUGGUCAUCGGCUUCUUCCUGGCCGAGUUACCUUACAGCAUCCUCGCAGGAUUCAUCUUUUGGACGAUUUGGUUCUUUUGUCUGGGUUUCAGGAUCGAAUUGGAAGUAAUUGGUUUCAGUCUUCUGGCCGUCCAGAUGUUCUUUUUCUUCCAGAUGACGUGGGCGAUUUGGAUCGCUGCGUUGGCGCCGACGAUCGGCAUCGUUGCCAAUCUUCUACCAUUCUUCUUGGUUUCAAUGGAAGCCUUCAACGGCAGCUUGCUGCCGUAUGAUCAAAUGCCAAGUUACUGGAGGUGGAUGUAUUGGGUCUCGCCGUUCCAAUGGUACGUCAAGUCGGUACUUUCCAUGGUGCUCCAUGGCCAAACGGUCAAUUGCCAACCCGGCGAAUCAGUCUCAUUCCUCGCACCCAAAUCCGCCAGUUGUGAGGAAUACUCUCGCGAGUUUGUCCGCACCCAUAGCGGAUACUUGAUGGGUGCGCCGGACAGCAGUGGAUUAGGCCAUUCAGCCCGAAGACCGCAGAGCUGUGGAUACUGCGGAUACUCGACUGGGGAUGAAUUUCUAUCAGACCGAUUCAAGACUGAGUUUGGUCAGAGUUACCGAUCCUUGAAGUCAGGCGGGAUUUCCCGCUUUAACCUUGCCAAGAACCUCAAAACUGUCGCCCACAAUCGGCGAUAA